UUUUAUUCACGGGACAAUUUAAGUUGGCAACGGUCAUCCAGAAUCGUUUCCUCUAUGUAUGAAUGAAGAGUUUUGGAUGUGCAUUGGAGCAUUGCGAAAUUACCCUUUCUAUUCACCGGAGGACUGGACUGCGUGCACCUCUCUACUCUAACACAUGCACCAACCGGCCAUUUUGCCCGGCUGUCGUCGGUUUGGCCUGAGCUUGUGUAUUAUAAUUAAUAAAUGGGAGUGACUAUAAUCAAUAAUACACGUGGCAGAAACUGUGCUGUAAUUGUGUAUAAUAGGCCUACUGUAGUUAAGAGAGGCAAGUACGAUUUACAUUAUAGUCCAUCUGUAAACAAGGACUGCCGCGUUUUGAAAGGGUAAGGGCACCACGGCAUUUUGUCCUUGGCAAAGGGCUCCCUUAUGACCUGAGGAAAUUGUGUGAAAUUCCUCUUGAGCAUUUCAAGGGCACCAAGGCAAUGGAGGGGCGUGGAGGCUGAUGCCUCCGUGAAUUAUCAGGCCUGAUGUAGUGCGCCCUGACAUUGACCCACUUUUAGCGAGCAAACUUCACUCAGGUAUGUACACAGCCAUGGAGGAAUAAGUCCUCCAUGGUUCAACUUAAUUAUAGUCACCACGGAGUAAACUUUGUCGUGGCUAUCAUCAUACAGGAAGGAACUUACAAACGGAUGCAGCAGUAUAUGAGCAUACAGAGCGACAGGAACUGCACACACAGCACGACACCCAACUGACAACAAUGCGACAUCACGUUACACCAACUACACGUUGCAAACUGCUGUGAUGCUUCUCAUAGGAUCUCUCAAAUCCAAGGAAAAUGAGGAAAGCACAUGUAUUAGUGUCAACAUUAUGCCGACUCCUAAUAACCGGUAUUCGAUCUCUGACCUGGAGGAAAGUGUCGAUUCUCGCUACUUUUACAAUUCUUGCAUUCAUUGCAGUGACUCUUAUGCAAAGGUAUUUCGCAGCGACAAAGCUGUCAAAUCUUCUCGAACGUGGUUUUAUUGAAAGACCGACCAGAAGCGGAGUAUCGCUAGUCGAUAAUCAACGGAUAACUAAUGGGAUUGAUUCAACAAACUUUCAGCAAAGUGUGCCUGGGAGAAUCGAUUACUUUGAACCGUCGAUAUGUCCACGAAGCAUAGCGUCUCUACCGGCUCACUCCAGAUGGUUCAGGGAGAGAUUCAAACCAAACGUCAAGAUGUUCCUGGACGUAAAUGACAUUGCAAACUUGGAUAACUCGUCAUUUUAUGAUCUACCGUUCGGCCUCAAGAAUGAGAACCUUACACUCUUGAAGGACAUAUUACGUCAUCCAAAGUUUAAGAACCCCUCACUCGGCUCGUUGAGGGCAGGCAAGGACUGCCUGAGCUGUGCCGUGGUUGGCUCUGGUGGUAUACUCAACGGUUCGCACGCCGGCCGCGAGAUCGAUUCACACGACCUUGUUUUCAGGUUGAACAAGGCGGUCACUUAUGGAAAGCACGCCGACAACGUUGGACAAAAGACGAAUUUGUACAUCUUCUUCCCCCAGUCGGCCCAUCUCCAAACUUUGAAAACAACGAAUGUGAGUUUGUUGUACGCCAUGUUCAACUCAUUUGAUUUAAGCUACGCUGCUGAAAUGUUCGGGAUUGGCAAGAGAAACCACAAGUUACGAGCUGACCCCACUAAAGUCAAGAUAAUCCACCCAAAUUUCUUCCGCUACGUCUUCGCCAAGUACCUGGAUGGCAAAUCCAUGAAGCCCACAACGGGGGCGGUUGCAGUCAUGCUCGCCUUACACCUAUGUGACUCUGUAACCAUCUACGGGUUUGGAUACGAUCCACGCUACACAAUGCAUUACUACGACACGAGAUUCAUCAAGCGCUCGUACAAAUCGACGUGGACGCAUGACGUCGAAAACGAGAAAAGACUUUGGGACAAACUACACGAUGAUGGCGCCAUUCGCUUUUUCAAGAGAGACACGUGACACGUGUUGGGGCUCUUUUUGUUGGCACGGACAAAAUAAAACUCGCCGCGGAUUAGGUCGAUGUGGAAUUCUGUUAAGCUUUGCCUUCACCGGGGCCCAUUUGCAUAGAGUUGCUUAAGCACAAAAUUCUGCUUUAGCAACAAAUCCUUGCUUAGUAAAAUCAGAUUACCGGGCCAAGACCCCACUCAAUGUUAUGCUAAGUACAGCUAUAUACCAGUGAGUCAUAAGCAAGGUAUAUGGCAUGAAAUCUUGGCCAGUAAUAUGCGUACAAUAAAUGAGCUAUUUUCGUGCUUAAGCAUUUUUUUUUUUGCUUAAGCAGCUCUAUGAAAUUGGCCCCAGGUCAGCAGCAGGAUUCUUCUGUCUACAUCUGCGAGGAUAAAGACGGGUACUUUCUUUUCAGAACCAGAGAUGUCAUUGGAUUGAAUGACGUCAUUGGUGACGUAAGCUUUCUAUAUCUGUGUUUUGAUUGGUCCGAGGAAACGUUUGGCAGCUGCACUUUCGGUCGUCUUCACAUGGAUGUAGGUCAAAGGUGAUUAUGGAUGGGAUUGACAUAGGCUAGAGGCCACUUUCUUGCGUCCAUGCCUCGACGGUGUGACAUCAGAUGUCAAGGCAUACACAGCAGGAGCGUCUUCGUUUAUUAACUUGUGUGCGACAAUGCCAAGAUGCAGCAGGCAUAAUCUUUAUUCCUUACGUUUUCUGACAUCUUGUUCAAAGAUCGAUCCGACAAGCGUAGUUACACCAACCGAAUUCAAAACUUACGGAGUCUUGAAACGGCCUGAAUUUGUGCACCACUGCAUGCUUUCCUCACUUAAAAUGCAUGAAAACGGCUUUGAUCUGUACCCUUCAUUUCCCAUACUUAACAGCUUUUUGGAAGCGUCUGGGAUAAGCACGCACCGCUUCUCCAUGCCUACUUACAACAAAUUUGCUGCAAUCAGUUUUCUGAUAUGCAUCCGCAUUGUUUUGCAGUUUGUUGAAAAUCGCUGGAACUGCGUGCAGGCCGUUUCAAAUGUCACCACUUUCCACAAUACGCCCAAAAUCAACAAAAGAAAAAAACACCAACAAACGGUAGACUAAACAACGAUAACAGAGCUAAACGGGGACAAUAACCACUGCCCACGUAUUACGUUAUAUACUGUGACAACGAAAAAGCGUCCUAUGUUACACGAAAAAAGCACUGGAAAAAAAACCAGGUUUCUAACAGCGGGAAAAUUAAACGCGCACGAUUGGCUUCUGGCUAUACCUCAUGCGAGAAGGCUAAACCAAUGUGUGGCAGGAGUGGCUAAAGAACAGUAACAAAUAAAUAAACGCAGCGCGAUCCUGACAAGAAGCACUUCAACAAAUCCGAUUUGUUCUUUGCGCUGGUGACAAUAACAUGUCCCCUAUAGGCUACGCUUGUCAAUAUUACAAUGGUCGCUUAGAAACGCAACACGCUUUUUGUUCUUUAUUCGUCUUUGUCGAAAGAACCGUAAGCUCGAAGAUACUUUUGUAGAAAAGGAGUAAAGACAUGUCAGUUUAAGGUGUGGUAGGCAACCAUUAUAGAGGGAAACCCCAAACAAUCACGUGUUGUUUUAUGCUCAUGAUGGGAUACACUAAGUGAGAACACUGGUCUUUGACAAUUACCAAACGGGUACAGUGCCUUUAAUGCAUGAAAUUUAGGCUGUAUAUAGGAUUAGCAGUUGUCGAAAAGAUGUAUUAAAUUCAACCGAAAUCAGUAUCGUUCGAUCAUUCGACCAUGUGGAUACUUUUAAAAUGUCAAAAUAAAUGUCAAAGUCGAAACAAUAUUAUGAUCACCAAUAUACACUUUUUUCAAGAGCUCAAUAGUGUCCAGUGCCUAUAACAGGAGGGUACAUUUUUUGGGGGCUAUCAUUAUCUUGAUCCCCUCACACCCAGCCAAAAAUAUGAGGGGAUAGAUUUGUGUAGCCUUUGUUCCUCAAGCCCAUCAUGGGAGGAUUGAUUUCUUUGUCCGUUGUUCAUAAAAUUGAUUUAUUCUUUAUGAAAUAAUA